AUGGCAUAUCGGGAUCUGACGGACCGCUUUAUCGAACGAAGGGCUAACCUUCGCAAGCGAAACAUGCGCUUUCAGAUGCAGACUUAUAUAAGCCGUUCAGUACUUGGUGUGUUGAAACAGAGAAAUAAGUCGCACGCUAUGGAAAAAGCAUUGCUACAAGAUGCAUGCGAGGUCUGGGAAAAGAAAAAUGCUGUACAUCGGCCGAAGUGGACACACUUUUCUGAUAGCGCAGAUGAAUGCAUCCGGCUCUUGCAUGCAAAGCUGGACUAUUUACAGCUCCUACAUACUCGAAGACUAAUGAUUCGGUUUGAUAAUUUGGAGGAGCAGCAAGAAGACGAAAUCAACUGCCUCACCGAGGAAAUCACAGCACUAUUCUACAAAGCAGAUCGAUCACUCAAAGGAAUCACUAGUACUUUAGAUGUAGGUAGGCCAAGCUUUUCACAAGCAGAUCGUCGUGUCCGCUUAAAUUCACAGCGAGCUAUUGCCGGUCGACUGCAAGGAAUCUCCACACAGUUUCGAGCCAGACAGCGCGAGUACCUUCAGCGUCUUCAGCUUCAAAAGUUUGGCAGCGAAAUAUUUGACGUCGACUCUAUGGAAAAGGGGACAACGCUUAUAAGCGAGAGCUCUCGACUUGACAUCAAGGCAACCGCAAUCGCAAUCGAUCGCACCGAAUACGACAUUAGAACGCGAGACAUCGAGAUUCAAAGAAUUGCGAGAUCAGUUGCGACGCUAGCAACUAUAUUUAAGGAGGUAGCAGAUAUAGUGGUCAGCCAAGGUACGCUAGUCGACAGGAUUGACUACAACAUGGAGCAGGUUGUUGAAAAAGUGCGCUCUGGUAUCGGACAGCUUCAUCGAGUAGACAAACAUCAGCGCAACACGAGACCGGAGCGCUGCAUUUACGUACUGCUGACACUGAUAUGGUUGUGUUGCCUUAUUCUCAUUAUGAAGCAUUCGUAA